UUAUGGAAAAUUUACAUCCCUUUUGAACAUAUGGAAGCCAAUACUUAAGAAACAUUCUCUAGUUAGUGCAUUUUAAAUUAUUUGGUAGUACAAAAUUUAUUAUUGUAAUAUUUACUAAAUUCAUUAACAAAAACUGCUUAUUUGGGCUCUUCUAUAAUCUCUUAAGUAAAGGACGUAGAUUCUGCAAGUGAAAAGACAAAAUGGGUAAGAAAAAGGAUAAAGGCAAGGAGAAAAAAUCAAAAAAGGAGAAAAAACCAAAGAAAGAAAAAAAAGACAAGAAAUCAAAAGGUAAUGAAGCAGAAGAACCAAUUCCAGGGGGUGUACCAGAUGACAAGAUAGAGGAGAAAAAAGAUGAAAAAAAAGAUAAGAAAAAGGAAAAGAAGGAAAAAAAGAAAAAAGGAAAGAAAGGUAAAUCAUCACUGGAAACUGAACCAGUGGCUGAACUGCCUUGUCCAGAGACUGGUGGGAAUGAAAUGGAACAGUUGAUGGCGAUUGCUGAGCAAAGAAGACGAGAUGAAAAAGCAAAGCGAGCAAAGACGCAAAAUAUCAUAGGCCACUCCCAAUUGGAAAGGAUGAGAACAAGUCUAGCGGGAUUUAAAGGUGAUUCAAAGUCAAAAACAAAAGUUCCGAGAGAACUUCUUAUUGCAAAUUGGGAAAGGAAAAUGGAACCAAGAUUACUUUCAAGACUAGUUUAUUCACUUUUUGGUAAAAACAAAAGGGAAAUGCCAUUUAAAUCUUAUGUCGAACUUUAUUGGAACUUGGUAGAGGCCAAAAACCAAGUUAGAGCAUUGACAGUGAUUAUGAUAUCAAAUUGUUUGAGUGCGGAUGACCACCCACAAGAAACUUGUAUGGCCAAUCUUAUCGAAUAUAUCACAGACAUAAUUGGAUCUUACAUGCAUUUACUUUUAUUCUUCAAUCUUCCUGAAAUGAACCAAUGGUUGCAACUUGGUUACACCAAUUACACUGGUGAUAAUAGGCAAGUUGCCAAAUGCUUGCUGAGCACAUGCGAAGUUCACAACAAUAUAGUGACUGCUGGAUAUGUGGAAUCUUGGCUAUAUCGGUGUAAACUAUUCAAUAUAAUAAACCGCCAGUUGUUUCAAGGAAUUUACAAUUUAUAUAAGAUUGCCCCUGGUAAAACAUUGCUCCCGACCCCUUGUAAAAGUAUGGAAAACACCAUAUAUAUGGCUCUAUCAUAUGUUGUAUUGUUGAAUUCAUUAACCACCAGUCAUACUGAUAAAUGGACUCUACUUUUUAAUGGGCAGGGAGGGUUUGAUCAAAUGCAGCAUGCCCUCAAAGAUAUGGCACCAACAUUCAUAUUUGUGCAAGACGAACAAGGGUAUAUUUUUGGAGGGCAUGCAUCAAAACCAUGGGAGGCGACUUCAAAUUGGUAUGGUGAUGAAGAUUCAUUCCUCUUUCAACUGAGACCAGAUGUAUAUUUAUAUUUUGCCAGUGAAGACAAUGAGAACAUACAACUCUUGACAACUUAUGGAUUGGCUAUGGGAGGAGACGCAGAUUGCUAUGGUUUAUUUAUUGAUCAUUCACUCAGAUUAGGAAGGACUGCGAGAACCUGUGAGACAUUCCUCAAUUACUGGCCGUUGGCUGAGUAUAGUGUGUUUCAAAUUAAGAAAUUAGAGGUAUGGGGUGUCAUAGACACAACAGAAACGCCGAUGUUCACUGAAGGCACAUACAAAACAUCUAGAGCACCAGUGAGAUUAUCUUCUUCAUUCACCAAUAUACAAACUACUGGGUACCAAACACCUGCUCCUGGUGGUCCUGAAACUGAUAUUAUUGAACAACGUCCGAGAGCUCCUAGUUUGGAAUGAAAUAAAACUCCUCACUACUUUGAA